AUGCGUUUUAUAACACAGGAGAGAAGAAAUCCUGGAUCAACAAAUGUGAAAAAAUUUAAUGUUGAGAAAAGUAAAGAAGAAUUGAAGAAAAAAUACAAAGAGAAAUUAGAACAUAUUAAACUUUAUGAAUCUGAUUGGAUAAUUAUUGCCAC